CUACAUUUUCAAACGUUAUGAUUUUGCAGUCUCUUUCACUGUAAACCUAUUCGAAUCUAAUUGGUUUUUUAGGUGGUUGGCUCCAGGAACACGUGAUACCACGUUGUUGUCCAUGGUUCCACCUUUUACACACUUUAAAAAUGACUCUAAAAUACACUCGUGAACCCGUCCCGAUUGAAGCACAGGCUGGUUUUACUAAAAAUCCCUCCCACUCCACCCGUGCGAUCGCGCCCGGUUAGUCAGCGCGUAAAAGAGGAGGAAGUUCCGACGUGCGCGGUUCACUAUCUCCCCGUCGCUGCUUCACUUCCCAACACGGAACAGGGGACGCGAGAGAAUGACCCCACCCGUGGCGACGAGGUCCUAGAAGAAGCCCCGCCAUGUCCCUGUCGUGCCUGUGCCACGCCGCCGUCGCGGUGCUGCGGCGCAUCGAGCCCACCAUCGUGCUGCAGCAGCUGGGCAGCGCGCUCUCCAACACCGCGCUUCAGAUGGCGGUGAGGGACGGCUGCCUCAACGCCACCUACCCGGACGUCUCCCCGGAGGACGGUCGGCAGAAAGCCAUGACGGACUUCUUCAUGACCUACAACCUGAUCCUGCGGCUGGUCCCGAUCGUGCCCGCGCUGCUCCUGGCCCGCUGCGGUGACCGCGGCCGGAGGAAAGUCCCCAUCGUGGUGCCGCUGUGCGGACACCUGCUGCUGAGCGUCAUUCUGCUCGUGGUGGUCGUCUACCGGCUCCCGCUGGAGGUGAUGUUCGGCGGGGCGGUGGUCUACGGUCUGUUGGGGGGCUUCGGCGCCUAUUGGCCCGGAGUGAUGACGCUGGCUGCGAUCUCCUCCUCGGCCGCGGACCGAUCCAAGGUGAUGAUGAAAGUGGAGCUGCUGUACGGGGCAGCCGGCGUGGUGGGGAGCCUCGCGUCGGGUCACAUGUUCCUCGUGUACAGCGCCACGUUGGGGAACGGCAUCAUCCUGCUGGCGGUGAGCGUGCUGCUGCGCGUGCUGUGCCUCCUGCAGUCCGUCUUCCUGCUGCAGGUGAACCCCCAACCGAGCAAAGAGCCAGAGGACACCACCUGCCUCCUCCCUGACACCUCCGAUGAGGCCCCUCCUCCUCCUCCUUCUCCGGAGGCUGCUGCUGCUGAGAGAAACAGGGUGAACGUGGUUCUGCUGGUGGUGACUGCCCUCCUGUACGGGGCUGCAGUGGGCGGCGCCGUGGAAAUACUGGAAGUCUUCGUGCUAAAAGAGCCACUCAGCUGGAGUGCCACUGAGGUGGGUUAUGGCAAUGCAGCCGGCUCUUUGAUUUUCCUCACUAGUUUCCUCGGCGUCAUGGUGUUUCGCCGCUGCAUCAGCGAAGUGGCGCUCAUCCUGAUGGGCAUGCUGUCCUUCGCAUCGGGGAUUUACUUCAUGUCGUUCGUCAGGACGACGUCCAUGUUCUACCUCGCUCGCUCACUCAACUUGUUUGCUCUCAUCCCGAUGCCCACCAUCAGAUCUCUGCUCUCGCAGCAGGUUCCAGCUUCCUCAUGUGGCACCACUCUCACCUAUCUGCAGAUGGCCCUGAAGUUAUCCGGUCUGGCCUACAUCCCGGCCUUCACUAAGAUCUACCAGAGGACCCUGGACUGGUUCCCUGGCUUUGUCUUCACGCUGGCCAGCAGCAUCACGGUGCUGGGAAUGAUCCCAAUCAGUAUCGUGAGCUGCAGAUCUCGACUGAUGCGUCAGGCCACGAGGACUCAGUCCGAAUGAGGGCCCAGACUGAGGGCCCAGACUGAGGGCCCAGACUGAGGGCCCCGACUGAGGGCCCCAACCUCACCAACCGCAGCCAGCAUUCGCAACAGGGAGCGAGGAACAGAGACAUGAAAAAAAAGGAGAACAGCGCUUCAAUCUCACUUCCUCUUUUGCUGGAACUUGUCACAGGACGAACCGACGCGAACUCCUCUAUGAAUGUGUCCCGGAUGAGGCAAUUACCGCAUAAUGUGUAUUUUCAAGGAGGGACCAACGAUGACUGAGUGACGCGAGUUUAGUCAUCAACAGGCUGAGUGACUGUGAGCUGAAGUCCAGCACAUACACACCAGGCUGAUGCAAUUUAAACUUCCAGUUAUCCACACUAUGUAGUUUGGAUUUAUACUUCUUGUUUUUCUACAGUGGGUGUACUUUCAACUAAUUUGAAAGGCAUUACAUAGAUAUAUAUAUUUAUGUAUAUAUUAUAUAUUAGGGCCGGGACUCGAUUAAAAAUAUUAAUCUAAUUAAUUAGAGGCUUUGUAAUUAAUUAAUCGAAUUUUAAUUGCAUAAAUAUUUGACCUGAGAACAGUGAGAAGUCAUUUUUUUUCACAUAGAUUUUUAUGGAUUUUUAUUUUUGUUCAACCAAUUCCAGCAGACAAGUGUAGCAAUAGCAUAUUUAGAAAUAUAGUACUUUCAGAAAUCCUUCUGUAAACUAUGUUUUUUUAAGUAGACCAAUACUUUAGUACAGACGUGGACUUAGUUACCCUGGUCCUUAAACCAGUCAUCUGGUGCAGUGUGGGUUGGGUGUGGGUCCUUGUACUCGUAGUCGGGCUAACGUCCACGCUAGCUGCUAAUUGUUUUGCGUUGAGGUGAUACUUGAGGCUCGAUGCGAAUUCCUUGUUGCACAGCUUGCUCACAACCACGCUCUUAUCGACGCUUCCAUCCGUUUAAUUUUUAUAAUAAGAUUUUCCAUUCACGGGGCCACCCGACACGGUCUCGUCAGCUUCUUCGUUCAUGUUCACUGUGGUUUGUUGUUGUCUGAAGUCAUGAACGCUAGUUGGUGCUCCAGUAUAAUCGGUCCUCCGAAACUCAUCCAGUGAGAAACGUUCCGCGGUGCAAAAAAUAAGUGUAAAAAUGCGUAAAAUAUGUUUAAUGUGUUAUUUUUUGUGUAAUUAAUUAAUCUUAAUUCACAUUGUAAUUAAUUAAUCGUAAUUAACGCACUAAAGUC